GACAUAGACAGACAUGAGACAAGUUGAAAUUUCAUUCAAGUACGUGCAAGUUUGGUUUUUAUUGGUACAUAACUACCUACUUACCUAUGUUGUUUCUGGUUAUUUUGAAAUUCAUAUUCGACCCAAAAACAUAUGUUAAUAUUCAGUUUCAUAUAAAUUCCUGUGACUUUUACACAACCAUACUAACAUUACCAAAAUCAUGGGAUCGGACGAUGAAUAUGAAGAGGAUCCCACCUGGAAGGGUAUUCCUGCUACAAUUAUUCUUAUAAAUGCAUUCAACGAUACCAACGUGACAAAAAGGGCUCAUUCGGCUGUAUGUCAAAUGCUAAGAGAAUAUUUAAGACUAACCAGCACUCAGUACAUCAGUGUAUGUUUUUAUGGUGUUAAAAACCCCAAUACAUCCAAUAUUUCAUUCCAAGAUGUCAUUGAAGUAAUGCCACUCACUGCACCAACAUUAGCUGAUUACAAAAAAGUUUUGGAACUAGACUUUUCAAAAUUCGAUAAACCAGAUGAAUUGAAACUAUCUGAAGCUUUAUGGUUCUGCAGCAAUAUGUUUGAAAAAUGCAAGAAGCAACUGAUAUCUCGAACUGUAAUAAUUAUGUCUAAAUUGGAUGUCCCACCAACUAAAUCUGAUGAAAAAUACACUUACACCAGAGUGACUGAUUUGGUUAACACUGACAGCUUGUACAGUGCUGAAAUUAAAAUUAUAAACAUGUCACACGAAGACUACAAAGUAGAUGUGUUUUUUCAAAAUUUUGCUAUAGAUGCAAAAACAAUUAUUCCAAAACCUGUAUGGGACUGUAAAGAAAUAGAAAAAUUAAUUCUUCAACAGUCGCACCGUAAUUUGGCUGUAGCCCAGUUAAAUUUCGAAAUUGGAAAUGGAUUUGAAAUAGGUGUUGGUGUGUACACCUUACUAAAAAGUACAUAUCAACCUAAAAAAGUAAAAUUGAACAGAGAUACUAAUGCUCUCAUCACAACAGUGAAUAAAACUAUGAAGGUCAAUAUGGAACCAACUGAAACCGAUCCAAACGAGGAACCAAUGGAUGAAGAAGAAAGUAUUGAACAAAAGGCUGUACCGUUACUGAAAUCAGAAAUUGUGUACUACCAGGAAUAUGGUGGUGAAAAAGUGCAAUUUACUAAUGCAGAGAAGAAAGCAAUUGACAAUCCAUUUGGUCCUCCCAUGUUGAAACUCCUUGGAUUCAAACCUGCCAGUAUGCUCUGUAAAGAAAAGUGGUUUCUCAAACCUGGUUACUUUUUGUAUCCAAAUGAGAAUAGAAUAGAAGGAUCUACAACAGCAUUUAGGGCUCUUCAUCAGGCUUGUACAGAAAUGUCUGUGGUUGCCAUUUGCAUACUUUGUACCCGGGUGAAUUCAAGACCAAAUAUUGUUGCACUAUCCCCAAGUUCACAACCUUUAAAUUUGAAUGUUGAAAUUGGUUUCGACGUAAUACAUAUUCCAUUUGUUGAAAAUGUUAGAGAUAUUCCACCUGUUGAUGACGAUGAUACCAGCGAUGACUUUUUGGAGGAUCAGAAGAAAGUAUUAAAGGAAAUAAUUAAUAGCAUCAAGUUUCAAUACAAGCCUGACAUGUUUGAAGAUCCAAAAGUACAAUCACUGUAUAGAAAUAUUGAAGCUAUAGCCUUUUCUGAGGAAGAUGUUGAGCCAUUUCAUGAUACAACUAAGCCUAGCCAGGAAGCUUUUCAGAAUUUGCCAGAAGAUGCAUUUGAAGAACUCUUUGGUCCAUUUGGAGAAGCUCCUUUGAAAAGGACAAUUUCUUCCAAAGAUGGUGAAGUUCGAAGCAAGAAAACAAAAGUAAAUAACAUUGAUGAUUCAAUGCUGCAAAUCCAAAUAAGUUCUCAACAAGUUCACAAGUACACUGUAGAUCAAUUGAAGCAAAUAUUGAGAUCUAAAGACAUUAGUGGUCUGCCUGCUUUGACUGGGAUGAAAAAGGAACAACUGGUUAAUUUAGUGUAUCAACAUUUCAGUUAAAUUAAUUUGAUUAAUAUACCCUGAAAUAUUGUGAUUUAAUUAAUGAUUAUUAUGUGAUUUAAUGUCAUUUUAAAGUUUUCCUGUUAUUUUAUUUGUGUAUACACAUAUACAACAUGGUUGAUCACAUAACUAAUAAUUGUGUUUCAUUGCAUGUUUACUACCUAGACAUUUCAAGUUAAAAUGUCUAUUGUAUAUUGCUAACUAAUAGUAAUUAAGAUUGUAUAAGUACAUAGAUACAUAUUUUUAUAAUUGUUUUUUAUGUGUUGAAGGAAUAAAUACCUAUUGAGUUUAUAAGUA